UAGAAAUCAGUGCCCUCCCUGACACAAUUUCCAUGAAGGCUUGAUUAGGUGGCACUUUCUUUUUGCAUGACAAGCAACCCCAAAUAAGCACUAUAAGCCACAAUCUGAACUCAUCAAGAGUUAGAAAAAGGAAAAAGAAAACCCACUUCAUUCUUCAUGCAUCAUUCCUUUUAAAGUAUUAGAACAACAAUUUAACAUAUCAUCACCUUUCUAGUGAUAGAGAGAGAGAGAGAGAGAGAUGGGUUACAACAAAGGGGGAGGGAGUCAAAGAGGAAGGCCUUAUGUGUUGAUAUUAUUGAUGACAUUUGGUGCUGCACUUCUUGGUGUUAUGGUGCUUCAUAGGUUUAGAGAGAAACGUAUCUACAAUCUUCUUGUUAAUCAGAAAGAUCAUCAACUUCUUACCCUUCAAGUUCUUUUGCAGAAGGAAAGAGAUCGCGCCAAGGAGUUGAGUAGGAAAAACGAAGAGACAAGAGCGAAAAUAUACACCCUCAGUAAUCAAAAGAUGGAGCUUACUAGAACAAUUGCUGAGAUGCAAUCUACCAUGAGUUCACUUAAAGAUGAGCAGAAACUGAUAGAGUCCGCGUACGCGGAGAAGCAGUAUGAGCUUAGAAUGAUGCAGCAAAGAGGGAGCAAUUUGGGACAAGGAGGAACUAAAAGAAUAUCAUCAAGAGAGAAUCUUAAGAAAACGGAAGCAGAUAUAGAGGACUUAAAAAGCAUCGAUGAUCAUCCAGCCAUAUUUGAUCAGAUUUUAGCAGCAAAUGCAACAAAGGAAGCACAGAGUAAAACUAAGAAUGAUAAUCAAGAAAAAGAUCAAAAUUCCAAAUAUGGGGGUGAUGAAAGUAAAAGCAAAUUAACCGAGUUCAAAGAUGGAGAGGUUACCGCUGAAAUAAAAGAAGAAAUUAAGACUAAUGAGGAGCUAGGUAAGAAAAAUGACAACCCUGCAGAUGAUGGUGCCAGUGGAAAAGAAGCUGAAGCUAAAGUUGUGGAGGAUAAGAAAGCAAUCAUAGAAGAGCAUCAAAGAAAACUCGAGGUGAACACAGAUGGUGGAAGACAAGAUUUCAAAGCAAAACAAUUGUCUGGUGCGAAGAGGGAACAUGGUCAUUUAAGUAGAACAGAGGGGGCGCGUUGGAGAAACAUUGUCAAGAAUAAGUUAAUGGAGAGCAACGGAAUUUUUGAAAAUCAUGGAGAGGUAAACAUGGUAAAAACAAAGGUUUACAAGGAGGAUAAGGAUGGAACAGUUAAAAGAGAAGCUGAAUCGCAGGCCAACUUGCUGAAGCCUGAAAACAAUGAAGACAAAGAUGGAAACAACACAACAGUGGAUAAGACUAAUCACCAGGAGACAGAUAAUGGAAUCAACAAUCACCCAGAAGAGCAUGAAGAUGGUGCUGUCCAACAAAACUGGAGCAGGAGGCGAAUCAAUAACGCUAGCAACAAUGCUGAACAAACAAAAUCCAAUAUGUUCCAUGAGGAAGAGCCUGAAGAAUUGGAAGUUUCGGAUGUGCAAAAGCAAGAGAAAGAUGCAAUUGAUGGUGAAGACGAUGGUGAGGAGGAUAAUAACGACGAAUUCUUCAACGAAUCCCAACCAGAAUUUGAAGAUGAAAAUGAGAAGGAAGAGUACAAGGAAGAAAUAGAUGAGUCGGAGUUUCAGCAUGGUUUGUAAUUAAACCGUAUUUACUAUUUAGUAUGUCCAUCUAAAAUAGUACUCAUGGUGUGGGUUUACUGAGUUUGAAAAUAUUUUAAAUCACUGACUAAGGAGUGUAUUAGUAUCAUCUUAGGGAUAGUAUGUCAAUGAAGCCAGACUUCGCCUUUUCUUAUUUGCGUUUUAGUAAUAUCAGACAUUUCGCUCACAUUUUAGACCGAUUUAUUUAUCGA